GCAUUGUUGUAGUGCUGGGGCUGGGGCUGGUGCUGGUGCUGCUGGCCGAGACGUUGUUCUGCGUUGUUCGUGGUGUUCGUAUUGAGUAUUACAGUAGGAACGGGAAGAUUGCUUUCAGCAGCAGCAGCAGCGCGACGACGAGGACGAGGACGAGGACGAGGUGGCGGAGGCUGAAGCGGUCGUCGGGACAGAGAACGAGGAGGAGGAGGAGCUGAGGCGCGAGGCGAGGCGAGGAGAGUCGAGUAGAGAGGAGGAGGAGGAGGAGGGGGAGGGGGAGGAGGAAUGGUCGAUGGAGGCCUGGCCGGGAAGGCGAGCGAGGUUGAUGCGAGAGAGGGAGGGAGAGCGAGAGAGAGAGUGUGUGUGUGUGCGAGAGGGCGAGGAACGAGUGGAGUUUUUUGAUUCGAAAUGGUGGCCGAGUCUGUGAAUGGUGAAUCGCGGAGAAAUUGGGCUUAAGGAAGGGGAUACAGGCACAGGGAUGGAGCGAGAGAGAACGGAUAGGACUAGAGGAAGGAGUGCUCGAGGUUAUGUGUCCGAGGACUUCGGACGAGUGGCUUUCGGUGGCUGUGGAGUUAUCGAGUCGGAGAGCAGGUGCGUCGGAGCGAUCAGAGAAGGGAAGCAGACUUUUAUCAGCACUAGAGAAAGCUAGGUAAAACGGAUGCGGGAGAUUAAACCUGCGCAGCGAAUGGCAGAUCUGGCCCGAAAUGGACCGGUAGAACGCGACAUUGAGCAGGCAAUCACUGCACUAAAAAAGGGUGCUCAGCUGCUGAAGUACGGGCGUAGAGGGAAGCCUAAGUUUUGCCCAUUUAGGCUUUCAAACGAUGAAGGAGCUCUUAUCUGGUUUUCUGGGAAGGAAGAGAAACAACUUAGAUUGAGCGCUGUUGCUCGAAUUGUUCCUGGCCAGCGAACUGCAAUAUUUCAGCGGUAUCCCCGUCCAGAGAAGGAGUAUCAAUCUUUUUCCUUGAUCUAUGGAGAGCGCUCCCUCGAUCUGAUCUGCAAGGACAAGGAUGAAGCAGAAGUUUGGAUUCUGGGCCUCAAGGCACUCGUUACAGCUGGUGUCCAGCAACGAAGGCCGAGGGCCGACAACAGAACUGACAUACCUUCUGAUACAACGAGUCCCAUAUCUCGUACGCGGAUAAGCUCGCCCUUAACAUCACCUUUCAGCAGUGGGGAGAGCUUGCACCAGGAUCAUAGUGGAGAUACUUUCAAAGUACUUAGUCCCUUUGGUAGUCCCCCACGUUAUGAUAAAACCCUCGAGAAGUCUUUUUCAGCUGGGGCUUUGGUAGUGGGAGAUUCCAAAAAUUACUUCGACAGUGGCUCUCUUGGAGGUUCAAUGCAUUCUGCAGGUUCUGACUUGAGCUCAGAUAAUCUGAUGAAUAUGAAAGGUGGUGGUCCCCCCAUCGAUGCGUUUAGGGUGAGUAUGUCGAGUGCUGUUAGUUCAUCAAGUCAAGGAUCAGGACAAGAAGAAAAUGAGGCAUUAGGUGACGUCUUCAUGUGGGGAGAGGGCAUGGGAGAUGGGUUUCUCGGGGGCGGUGUACAUAAACUAUCGAGCGCGUCAGGUGGGAAGAUGGAUGCUCUCCUGCCGAAAGCUCUCGAAUCAGCAGUUGUGCUGGAUGUGCAAAAUAUUGCCUGUGGAGGAAGACAUGCCGCCCUUGUGACCAAACAGGGGGAGGUGUUCAGCUGGGGAGAAGAGUCAGGAGGCAGGCUUGGUCAUGGGGUUGACUGUGAUGUGCCACAUCCUAAGCUUGUAGAAGCUCUUGCCACGAUCAACACUGAAUUUGUAUCCUGUGGGGAGUACCAUUCUUGUGCGGUUAGCCUUGCUGGUGACCUGUACACAUGGGGCGACGGCACGCACAACUUUGGACUUCUCGGUCACGGAAAUGAUAUCAGUCACUGGAUGCCGAAGCGUGUAAACGGCUUGUUAGAAGGAAUUCGCGUGUCGUCGAUAGCUUGCGGUCCUUGGCACACUGCUCUUGUCACUUCGGCAGGACAGCUUUUCACUUUUGGAGAUGGAACAUUUGGCGUUCUCGGUCACAACGACACCAAAAGCGCGUACUCCCCUCGUGAAGUAGAAUCUCUGAAAGGUUUGAAAACUGUUCGAGCUGCUUGUGGGGUGUGGCACACAGCUGCGGUCGUGGAAGUCAUGGUGGGCUAUUCCAGUGCAAGCAGUUGUUCAUCAGGAAAGCUUUUCACUUGGGGUGAUGGAGACAAGGGAAGACUGGGGCAUGGGGAUAAAGAGCAAAGGCUUGUACCCACUUGUGUGGCCGCGUUGGUUGACUACAAUUUCAAGCAAGUUGCGUGUGGUCACAGUCUCACUGUCGCUUUGACAACGAUGGGCCAGGUUUUUACCAUGGGAAGCAGAGACUACGGACAACUUGGGGAUCCUGAGGCAGAUGGGAAGAUUCCCGGCAUGGUGGAGGGGAAGCUUUAUGAGGUUUUUGUUGAAGAGAUAUCAUGUGGCUCCCACCAUGUUGCUGCAAUGACUCACAAAACUGAAGUUUACACUUGGGGCAAAGGAGCCCAUGGUAGAUUGGGACAUGGGGACGAACGCGAUAGACUAGUUCCUACUCUGGUAGAGGCGCUGAAAGAUAAGCAGGUGAAAAAUAUUGCUUGCGGAUCCAGCUUCACCGCUGCCAUCUGUUUACACAAAUGGGUUUCUGGUGCAGAUCAGUCUGUGUGUUCUGGAUGUAAGCAGCCCUUUGGGUUUACUCGGAAGCGACACAAUUGUUACAACUGUGGCCUAGUGUAUUGUCAUUCAUGCAGUUCCAAGAAAGCUCUCAGGGCCUCACUUGCCCCAAGUCAUAGCAAACCUUACCGCGUUUGCGAUCCAUGUCAUUCUAAAUUGAAGAAGGCAGCUGAGGCUGGACCCAGUACACCUGCAGUGCUAGCGAAACGAGCGACCUUGAAGACUAUGAGAUCAAUCGAUAAAGAUAAGUCAGAGAAAGGAGAGAAAUCUACUAAACCAGGGCUAUCGUCCAAACCUCCUGUAGAGCAGCCUAAGGCUAUGGAGGGCGGGAAAAUGCCCCCUCGACGUCCCAAGAAGUCAGACGUGUCCUCGAGCCGCGUAUCACCUGCACCAAAUGGGAUGAUGCCUUGGGGAAGUGUGAAUGUGCCCCCUACUUUCAACACUGGUUUUUUCCAGCCAAAGAUUAUUGCCCUGGCCACCAGUCUUUCCGUACCGCAAUCUAGGAAUCUUUCCAGAGCUGUCUCACCUCUUUCAAGGAGGUCUAGUCCUCCGCGCUCAACCACACCAACUCCAACUAUAACGGGUCUGACUAUCCCAAAAACGGUGGUUGAUGACCUCAAGAAGACUAAUGAAGCGUUGAGUGAGGAAGUUCUGAAGCUUCGGGCACAGGUGGAGAAUUACACCCGUCGGUGCCAAAAUCAAGAAAAAGAGUUGCAGCGAUAUAUGCAACAGGUUCGAGAGGCCAACGCAAUAGCUGGGGAAGAGACAGCAAAGUCCCGAGCAGCCAAAGAAGUUAUAAAGUCUCUUACUGCACAGCUUAGAGAUCUAGCUGAAAGAUUACCUCCUGGAUCCAUUCGUAGACCUGGAGCGGUAACUGUUCGACAUGACAUUCCGAAUGGGACACAUCCCCCAGCUGUACCUGAUCAGCUGGUCCCAUCGGAAGUGGAAGGCACUCAGAACCACAUAAAAAAGUAUCACAUCACUCCUACAAGUCCGAGUUUGAGAGAUGGAGAUAUGAAUGGUGGGACUAGCCCACAUUCCAGUUCAAGCCCGCGCUCUACCGUACAGGCUAGCCCUCGUUCUCUUGAUGGAUCAGGCUCACAGGGGAGUCGACGCCAAAUCGCCCUUAGACCUUCGGAAAGUGAUAUCAACGGCUUGGACCUUGGACAACGAAAUGAAGAAUCGGGGAGGACCAUUGUCUCUGCACCUACAGAAAAUGGAAGAGAAGAAAGAGCGGAGUCAGAGUGGGUCGAGCAGGAUGAGCCUGGAGUUUACAUCACGCUUACAGCCUUGCCCGGGGGUGGCAAAGAUCUGAAACGUGUGAGGUUCAGUCGAAAACGAUUCAGUGAACGACAGGCAGAGCUGUGGUGGGCAGAAAAUCGUCAAAGAGUGCACGAGCAAUAUAACGUACGAGGGAUGGACCGACCAAAUGCAGGCAUGAAUCCCCCAUCGAGGCCUGAGGAGGAGGAAAGGAUAGACCCCACUCACCAGAAUCCUCUCCAUUAGAGGUUAAAGAGGAUAAUGGACUUGGAAAUUGGAUCCUCUAGUAUCUUGUUAGUUGGAAGGAGAUAACAUAUUCCUUUUAACCUGUUGUUCAUACCCUUUGUAGAAUGAGCUCUCCAAAAUAUCCAAGAAGGGUGAGGUAGUCUCUGCAGUUUUUCCCCAGAUAUUAGCACAUGUUGGGUCCUUAGAUGUGGUAACACAUUGUUGCCCUUUUAUGCCUGUUUAAUAGUCAUAAUGCAGUCUUUUGCACGCUGCAGAGUAUGCUAGAUGGACACGGCAUCUCUACAGUAUUUUGUUCAUGCUUGAGGGACUGAGCGAAUGAUACAUUGUACAUGUCCGAGGAGACCCAGAGGGUUGGGAUUAAUGGAAGCAUAGGUCUGAGUGAGCAACAGAUCUGGCCAAUAGGCUGCUGAUAGGUCAGGGACUGGCCGCAUGAACGGAGGGGUGAGGAUGGGACCACUGAUGACCAGAAACCCUCCAAUCUACACAGGAAGUGAUCAUGGUGAUGACACGACCAUCUUUUGAGUUGGUUAAAGUCAUCAAGAGAGGACUUGCUGUGUGCUUUGGCCUCUGCAUGGGUUGUGCUACGAAGAAAAGAGGAUGGUUCGAGGAUCUCUGGUCUUCAGCCUUAGGCCCAGAGCUACCCUUAUUGCCCCCUUCAAAAAAAUUUGUCAUAUCUGGCUCAUAAUCGGCGUAAGCAGUUUGACCGUGGUCACCAGCAAAGCUAACAGACUUUCAUGGUUUAGUCUGAAACUUAGGUCUGCUAUAUGCAAGACAGUUGGGACGCAUGCCCGAGUCCUCCCAUCGUCAGCAUGAUGUCAGCUCUACAGCUGCUUGCUGGUUAUUGCACUUGUUUGGUGCGUUCAUUAGAGUCUGUAGCUGUGUAAAUUAUAUUUCAGUCUCAAUCAAACAUGAAGCUCACCCAGUGAGUCCCGGUGACAUUAGUUGGGUUUUUUGAUCUUUAAUAAUUGUGAAAUCAUGUCAGUAUGCUGCUCACAGUGAGCUAGCAUCGAUCUUCCUACGCUUCUAUAUAUUGCUCGGAUAUGAUAUAAUUGCAUCAAACAUGUGAAUGUCUCUAUGAUGAAAGUAAAGUUCUCCCAAGAGAUUGGUUAAGUUCAUUCGGUGGGUGAUGUGGAUUCUUUUCACUUUCGGCAUCAGCUGUCUCCGGGACUGACUGCGUAAGCUCCAAAAAACUCUUGCAUUCCUUGUGUUUUCAUGUAUUUUCUUGUUAAGUUUAUUGUCCAACCACCUAAUUCUAGGUGUUAUCUGGCAAGCCAUGAUCGUGAACACUUUCUUUUUGGUUACAAUAAGGUGCCCCGCCCCUGGGCUUAGCUGUUUGUGGUUAUUUUUUUCUGUCAUCCAGGUUAAGUAUGAUACGACGGAAUCUGUAUAGCAGGUUGGAAUCAAAGCCGAAGGUGUGACGAAUUUUCGCUAUCCUCGGUAUAUCGCAAUCAUUGUAACGUGUAAGCUUUCAGCUUGAACGUGCCGG